AGCUUACUGUUAAAACAGGGCGGGGUGCUCAGCAAGGUGGUUAGAAGAAAAAAAGUUUCCCUUGUGACUCUUGUUACUUGUUCUUACUAAACACUCCUUUUUUAGAGUGCGUGUUUUGAUGCUUUGGACCCUGGAUCUCUGAUCUCUGACUGUGUUUAUGGUGUUUUUUGUCUCGAUGGACGGAUCCUGUACGCUACGGCGGAGUCACAUUCCCGAGGCUGCGUGAGCAAACCGCUGCGUUCUCCACAAGCUAAGAGGCUUGCCAUGGAAUUCAGCCACCAGGAUUAAACACAGUUGUCGAAAAGUCCAUUUUCCGUAUUUUCUUGACCACAGCUGCUCGGAUGGGGUUACUGCUUUGUGUGGCUUUUCUCAGCGCUGAGUUUGAACGCAACGCAUCAGUUUGACAUUUUAUUCUUCUCUCAGAGUGGACGGCUUCCUGUUGUGAUGGUUUAGAGCCCAUUCAACAAAAACAAAAAAAAACAAUCCCAACACCCUGACAUUUUCAGUAGCCCAAGGGGGCUAUUCACAAAGAAGCAUGUGUUUCGCUUUGCGGCUGAGCUUCUUUAAUUGUUGCUGUGGUGAAGAAUAUUAUCAGCAGGCUUAAAAAUAAGUCCGUGCUGCUUUUGCUUCUCCUCUUGAUGGUCUGUCCUCUGAGUUUAUUCCACAGAGGGUUGGCAUACUUCAUUUGAGGUCAUUUUAGUUACGAGUCUGGCUCAAGACUAUUUUUAUCUCUAUGAUGGCAAAAUUGAAAGCCUUUGUCCCUGUUUAGUUUUUUUCGAAGGCUAUAGAAACCGAGUCGGUGUGGGUAGCAACUGGGCUUUCUCAUUUAUGUGAUUUGGGGAAGGAUUUCAGGGGUUACACUAUGUUGACAGACCUGUUUUACUUGAGGAACUUCCGGCCCCUUUUUUUUCUUCUUCUGCCUCUUGCUUCACAUAAAUCACUCAGCCACCUGAGUUCAUGUAAAAUGUUCAGUCCAGAGAUAUAAGCCGCAUGAGUGCUGCAAUGAGUUGCUUUCCUCAGCAUAUGCGGCAUUAUCGGAUUCAGCAGACCACGUCACAAGCUGUCGAAACAUACGAGUGCGCUGUUUGAUUUGAGCUUCGAUUGAUUGAGUUAGUAACAGCAAAGGAAAAGAGGUGAAUACUGGCCUCACUUUCCUAACAAAGAACCUUUGAUCAAGCGGUUCAAGUGAAAUUGAGUAGCUUUCACACUUAAGGUCAACAAAGGGGUGUACAUUUGAGGGCCGUCAGAUGUUAGCCUUGUGGGUGAACAAUUAUUCACUGACGUGCUUUUUAGGGUCAAACGCUCUUGUUUGAACCAGAUCUGUUGGUCUUGGGGGCCGUCGCGCAUGGGGCGUAUAGCUUGGUGGCGAGGGAGGGACAGGUGAGAACGACGUGUUAAUGUACGUCGUCACUCCCUCCUGCAUUCCAGCUCCAGCGCCACUCUGCCCCGAAGCCUCAGUGAGCAACAAGCACUUGAGCAGCGGAUGGAAACUCACAGCACACUCACAUGGCGUUGGACCAACGCGACUGGAUGAAGCUAGGUUUCUGUGCCGGAUUGUAAUCCCCUGGAUUCCUUUUAGCGCUGUGGACAUGAAAGGCAGAGAGGAGGUGUUGGUGGGCAGGCUCGGAUCCACCAUGGAGUCUCCACGCAACAGGUUGUCCCUUUUCAGGCUGCGUCCUAUCUCGGCCAGGCAAAAGCGCGCGAAGUCGUCCUCCCAAAAGGAGAUAGUCAGGAACCCCAGCCCCACCGAGAUGAGCGUGGAGCCCUGGGCCAGCCCGCAGGACCAGGCAGCAGCUGAGCACGACGCGGCGCACGCAGCCUCCUCCGAGGACCAGGAGCGGCGCCCCGACAAACUGUGCGUGGAUUCCUUCUGGAGUGAGGUGGAGACAAUUCAGCAGGGGAGUGGCUACGCGGACCUCGACUGCACCAAGAGAGAGUCCAGACAAUCCGAAGAAGGCGAACAGGAGGAGCAGUGGUUGGCCGAUGCCGGCUUGUCCACCCUCAUCAGCGAGGACAGCGAGGAUGUGGACAAAGCGGUGCUGCUGUCCACUCUGACGCGGACCCAGGCCGAGGCCGUACAGCGGCGACUGGAUUCCUACACGCUGUCCCUCCGUAAGAGGAACAAACCGGCCCCGCGGGACGUCCGCGAUAUCUUCCACCCCAUUACUCAGACUCUUCACCCUGAGUCCCAGCAUAGCGAAGACACUGCCGAAACCAGCAUGGCGUCAAUUGCCAAAACGCCCCUUUCAGCUGUAACGCCAGAGCACCACAGAGGCGCUCCCAAGGAGGAAUUCUUCAUCACCGACGUGGCUUACUGCGAACAGGCCGUCAUCUUCCUCAAACAGGCCAAACUUCCCCAGUACACCAGCCAGCGGAGGAAAGAGGACGGCACCCUGCCUCGUGUGAUCUGCCCCAAGUGCCGUCUAGGAGUGACUCGUGUUCAGGACCUCUCUCAGGCUGACAUGAAGAAGGUGCGUCAGUUGGCUCUCAUCGACCUGACGGCGCUGUGCGACCUCUUGGAGCUGGAGGUCAAAAGGCACAAAACCGGCAAAAGGAGAAUCCCAGAGAGCCCGCUGUACGGCGUGCCGCUGGCCACGCUGCUGGAGAACGAUCAGAAGCUCAAACCCAACACCACCACUCCACUCUUCAUGCAGGCGUUGUUGUCGUUUUUGGAAAAGAAAGGUGUUGAUUCGGAGGGCAUCCUGCGGGUUCCAGGAUCUCAGUCCAGAGUAAAGCAGCUGCAGCAGACCUUGGAGACCAACUUCUACACGGCGCCGGUCAGCUGGGACGAGGUGAGUCCGAACGACGCUGCCGCGCUGCUCAAGAAGUUCAUCAGGGAACUCCCCGCUCCUCUGCUCACUGCCGAGUACCUCAACACCUUCAGUGCCGUCAGAGACAUCACAGAGUUGAAGCAGAAAUUGCACAUGUUGAACCUGCUCAUCCUGCUGCUGCCUGAGCCCAACAGAAACACACUAAAGGCGCUCCUCGAGUUCCUCAGUAAGGUGGUUUCUAGGGAGAAGAGGAACAGGAUGAACCUGUGGGCUGUGGCGACCAUCAUGGCUCCCAACCUCUUCCUCCAUAAGGCCGUCCCCAGCAGACUGACCGAGGGGGCCGAGAAAGGACAUGCGGAGAAGGCAGCUGAUGUCAUGAGGCUCCUCAUCCGCUACCAGGACCUGCUGUGGACGAUACCCAAUUUCCUCAUGAGCCAGGUGCGCAAGCUGAAUGAGAACAGCCACCGCCGCUACCAGUUCUACGAUCGCCGCAUCAAGAACCUGCUGAGGAAGAUCCACACGGACAGCCGCGAGAAGACGGAUAAAAAUACCUCAGAGCCGUGCCGCACGGUCAAGAUCCAGGUCGGGGACCUGGUGAGCAGCACCAUGGAGUUCCAGCUCAACGUCAACUCGCGAGCCUCGGACCUGCUCGCACAGUUUCAGCGUCAGUCCCUCCGCAGCCCGGACAACGGAAAGGGCAAAAUGCGAAGAAACGGUUCCGUGGCGAAUCCCGACUGCGCCCUGUACGAGGUGGGGGGGAACAUUGGUGAGCACUGCCUGGAUCCCGACACACACCUUCUGGAUUUGAAUAACAGCAACUCUGGAGGAGAGUGGGUCAUCAGGAUGAAACCCAACGGCAGCAGACAGCUGUGAAGGACGGACGAACAGAUCGGGGAACAGGUUGCUGAAGAAGGACAAAGGCAGAGCCUAAAAAGAACAAAAAGAUCAAAUCCACGCAGCCUUCUCAUCUUGUCCUUUUCAUCCUCAGAGCAGCAAGGGAGAAGGAGACAGAUGGUCAGAUGGAGGAAGCGAAAACAGAUAGAAGGAGAAUCUGCCAGGAGCAGAGCCUAAGAACUGCCUAUGAUCCCAUGAACACACUUUGCCCUCUGUCCCUCCUCCCCUCCCCGUUUUAUUUUUUCAUUUCUCCAUUUUGCUCCUCCCUCCCUCACCUCCGCACCCCCCCCCCCCCCCCCCGUCAUUCCUCGCCUGCGAGAGCACAGAGACGCUGCGUCUUUGCCUCCGACGGGGAGACUGGGGAGCUUGGCUCGUCUUUCCUCUCACGCAGUCAUCUCCAGCCAUGAGCGAGCAGAUGGUGAUGCAGAGCACCUCUGGCCAUAGAGAGCAGGGACAACCCCCCCCGCCCCGCUCCACCCCCCUCCCACCCCCCUCAACUUCAGGUCGGCCAGAAAACGUGUUUUCAGAUCAUAGUCGUUAUUAUAUCAGGUUUCAAAAAAAAAAAAGCUGAAACCACGAUUCAGCUGCUUUACAGGCAUAUCGUUGGUUAAAUUAGUAAAUUAACGUUUUGUACUCGUGUUUUGGAGAUUCACACAGCGUUUUCUUGUUCACUCCCUCAAAAGGCGUAGUAGGAUCGCGGUGACCACAGCGGUCAUGCAUUGAACUCGCAGAAAGCGAGAAAAAAAAACGAAAUGAAUUGGAGAGACUGGACGCCAGUGACUGCAGCUAACCCGGAGACCAAGAGCUACCAACUUACUACUCAGUGAAGAGACUGACCGCUACCUCUCACCCGCUUUGGUCCCGACGCGGAUCGCUUUCCAGCCGCAGGCCUUUUAUAUCGCAAAGAAAACUAAGAGAAAAGACUUUUCUCCGUGCCAAUAAAAGAAAGGAAGCGAUAUCUUCUUAUCUGUUAAACCCUGCAAUCUCCUGGGCCUUAUAAAAAAAAAAAAUGUCAAAAAAAUCCAUGGACUUCCAAGGACCCCCCCCUCCCCUCCCCUGACCUACACAGAACAGUGCUCAAAGAUACUUCUCUUCUUGUGACACCGAGGGAUUCGGUGUCACCACCUCAAGGACCGCUGCUGCGCCUCUAAAGGGAGUCGUUAAGGACACGGUGAAGCUGGUCUUCAGUUCUCAUUUUUUAUCUAAACUGACGAAUGAAGCCGACGGCGCUAACGCGAGUCUCGGGUCGAGCUGGAAUUAUUGCUGUUAUUUAUAUGAAUGUGAUGCCAUUGUUGCUUCUGUAUGUGACGAGUAUUCUGUAGGUAGAGACACUUUUAGGAUAGUAUCAGUAUGUUGUGUUGACGUCUGACAGACUUUUGCAGUGUUCCUUUUUCCUGAUACAGAUUUCCUUUUUUUUUUUAUACAUCCGAAACAGUACAGUGAGAUAAAUGCCACGUGUAAAUAUUCAUUCAUUCAUUCAUUCACUCUGCUGUGAAGAGGCGCUGAAAUCACUGCAGUAGAACUGUUCUGAUCGCGUUGCCGUACUGAAAGUGUUCCAAACACACGCAUGCCGUCGAAUGGAUGUGUUUAAAACAUUUGUAUUUAUUUUUUUCCUCGCCGAUUGUCAGGUGCGAGUCACUUGCUCCCCCCCCCCCCCCCCGCAGCCGGAGCCAUGUUGUUGGCGCUCCGCGGCCAUUUUGUGUGGGAAGCGCCUGGCGCUCUCCUCUCGAAUGGACGUGGUAAUGACAGCCGGCCCUGCACCAACAUCCAUCAGCAACCCUCCGCUCCACCCCCCCCUCGUCGUCCCCCCCCGUCCCCUCCACGCUAACGGCGCACAAUGGCGCCGCGGCGAGGAAUCACAUUUCUUUCGAUAACGGAGAAGGUAAUAAAUGGCUGUUAUAAAUUCUGCCGCCCUGGAUCCCGACGACAGCCACGGCCUGCGUGUGUGUGUGUGUGUGUGUGCGUGUGUGUGCGUGUGUGUGCGUGUGCAUGCAUGUGUGUGAUGAGCUUCAUUACACAAGUCCAAUUGGCCUGUCCCAGGGUUCCAGGCACAGUUCAGUGCCUCAGCACAAAGCGAGCUGAUGAAACUGCCUUCUGCUGACAAUCAGGAGAACUAGGUCACCUCUGAAGCAGAAUCCCGGAGGGCGAGGAGGUGUGCCACCCCUCGAGGAGCCGAGGACAGGGGGGGGGGGGGGGGGACACGCACGGCCUAAACGCAACGUGACGCAGGGGGUGGAGGUGUCGUUUCUGUCGAUUGUCUUCGUACGGGAAAAAGCUCCCAGAGACGGUGUCCCAAGUGCUCAACAGUCGCAGUGAAAUUGGUUCCAAGUUCAAAGUCAAAGUGUUGUCGUGGACUCCGUCCUUUUUUUCCAUCUUUUUGUGAUGUCAGCCAGCAGACGUCAGAAUGUAUAUUUAUGCCCUUUACACCAGUCGUCUGCGUUUUUUUUUUUUUUUUUAAUACUUCUGUGAAAACAGUAUUUGCUGUAGAAAGAAACACUUUUGAAAAAAAUGUUUUUGUCAAUAAAUGUGAAUCUAAUGUUGCGCUGGAGGUGAUUUAUU